AUGGGCAAUAAGGAAGAGACCAGGCCACCAGUACAGCUAAGCUUGAUCGCUGCUGCCACUCCAGCAGGAGGUAUAGGAAUCAAUGGCAAACUGCCCUGGAAGCUGCCAACAGAUAUGGCCCAUUUUGAGCUGCUUACAACACACUUGGAAUGUGACUCUGUCGAUGACGCUCCCAACGUAGUAAUCAUGGGACGAAAGACUUGGGAUUCAGUUCCUCUUAAAUAUAAACCAUUUAAAAAUCGUAUAUCUGUCAUCUUGUCUCAUAAUGAGGAGUUCAGAAGAUUCACGCACAAUCCAACAUCAAACGUAUACUGCUUCCCAUCACUGGACGAUUGUGUGGACUUCUUUGGUUCAGACACGACUGCUACUCCGCAUUCUUCAUUAUGGAUUAUAGGUGGAACUGCUCUCUACUCGGAGGCUAUGAGACACCGAACUUCAUAUCGCAUCUUCUUGACUCGCGUAUAUCUGGACAAUAUUGAAUGCGAUGCAUUCUUUGAAAAUCCAAGCCCGCAGAUGUGGGAAUUAGCCAGUAAUCAUGAACUGCGGGAUCUAGUAGGGCAUUUGGAGGAUGUGCCGGAAGGCAGAACCACUGAAAAUGGCAUAGAAUACGAGUUCUUCCUAUAUACUCGUAGAACCAAUGAAGUACAAAGAUAA